UACUUUAACCGAUUACGGUCCUCACAAAUUCUAGAGAGAGAAAAAAAUUGAAAAAAAAAAAUCUAGAGAGAGAGAGUAUAAGAGGUCUUAAGUAGAGUGAAGAACUGAGGUCUUAAGGUCGACUGAGGUUUGACUUUGUUGAUUGAUUUUUGAUUGAUUGUUGAUAGAUCAUAAUCAAUCAAACGGUUGGAAAAGGGAAUGUGAGAAUGAGAAGCUUGAUGGAGAAUUCAUGGGUGCUUAACUCGUCAUUAACAAAGUGACUCUUAUAAAGUAUCCUAGUUCCUUGAUUUCGAAGCCAAGAUUGAAAGGCCCCCCCAUAUUAAGUUGAUUUGUCAUUGUUGGUGCCAUGGGUGUCUCAGGAAAAUGGAUCAAAGCACUAGUGGGCUUGAAGAAAUCAGAAAAGUCUCAAUCUUCAGAGAAAGUAGAAAAUAGAGCAACUGGUAGCAAAUUUCUUCACCGAAGAAAGCAUUCGGUUGAGUUUGAUACAAAUGAACUUCAAGAAGAGUUGGAUGAGAAUGCUGCUUCACUAGCUGAAAAUGCUACUACUCGUGCAACUAUAGAUGCUGCUGGCUCUCCUUCUGAUGCCUUUGAAGUGCAUGAUGCACUUCUUAAUGAACAUGCUAGGGAAGAAUGGGCUGCCACGAGGAUACAAACUGCUUUCCGAGGAUUUCUGGCCAGAAGAGCACUGCGAGCAUUAAAAGGAUUGGUAAGACUGCAGGCCCUUGUCAGGGGUCAUGCUGUAAGAAAACAAGCUGCUAUAACUCUUCGCUGCAUGCAAGCUUUGGUUAGAGUUCAGGCUCGUGUAAGAGCAAGGCGUGUUCGACUGGCAUUAGAAAAUCAAACUGCACAACAGAAACUUCAGCAACAACUUGCAAAUGAGGCACACGUUAAAGAAAUAGAGGAAGGGUGGUGUGAUAGUAUAGGAUCCGUUGAAGAAAUUCAAGCGAAGUUACUUAAAAGGCAGGAAGCUGCAGCUAAACGUGAGAGGGCCAUGGCAUAUGCUCUGGCUCAUCAGUGGCAAGCAGGAUCAAGACAGCAGUCAGUGCCUGCUGGAUUUGAACCAGAUAAAAGCAGCUGGGGUUGGAACUGGUUGGAGAGAUGGAUGGCUGUACGUCCAUGGGAGAAUCGUUUCCUUGACAUUAAUCUUCGAGAUGGAGUAAAGAUACGCGAGGAUAGUCCUGCAGAGGGAAAGAAUGGUGCCAGUUCUCAGAUAAAACCUGCUAUGAGGAAACCAGCUGCAUCAAGUCUUCAUGCUAACCUUUCAAAUAAAAAAACAGGUCCAUCCCACUUUGAUGGGAGCGAUUCCCCACCUGGUAAGUCAGCAUGUGUGCUUGAAGCAGUGAAUGCGCCAUCUUCCAAGCCAAAAUCCAAACCAAAUCAUGAAGAUUCUGUUGAAGAAGCUGGCUCAAGACCUGUUAUUAGUUCAAGAUCUCAUAGCAAUCCCAAAGAGAGGCUGACACAGUCUGAUAAACAGGCCAAGAGGCGAUUGUCUAUGCCAAACACUGGAGGGGGUAUUGUGUCACAAACAACUAAGCUGAGCAAAACUGCUGCAAAACCGAACCCUGGCCCCCACAAACCUAUAAGGGAUAGGUCCAAGUUAAACGGACGAGACUCAAAUCCCACAAAAGCUGUAGCACAAGCUGUUGAUCUGUAAGGAAGUAUUUGUGAAGACAAACCUGUUCGGGCUGCCAUCCAUCCUGUUGCUUUAGUAUGUAUAUAUCAAAUUACAGUUGGUUCGACAUGUUAUAAUGGCAUUGUUUGUUCUCCUGUCAUAUAAUCAAGGAUUGGCUUUGCCGUGGUGGGAGUAGUUACUCCGUGGCAGAUUCAAGGAGACUGAUUCGGUGGCUUGUUACGAGAAUAACAUUGGUAAGAUUUAAUCAGCUUGUGAUUAAUGUUUGUCAAUUAUGUGAUCACAUUGUAUUUAUUUUCAAGUGUAUGAUUUCCAUAGAAGAUGCCCUUUGAAUUGCUCUUUUUUGAGUUUUUUUUAUUAAACCUCUUGGCUCGGUUGCUGUUGAUCGAAGACUUGUUUUGUGCGUGUGAGAUUUAAUUUUUGCUCUUUUAAUAUUAAUUUUGCAUUGUGUUUGUAAAUUAACCAAUGACCAGAUUACCGAGAGAUUUCAUUUGUCCA